AUGCUGACCAUCCCAGAACGCCACUACUCAUAUGAGUGUAAAGCCACUGCUCAAGAGCGUCCCUACGUGUCGCGUCCAUCGCGAUCUCAGCAAUUCCGAAAUCCCAAACUGGUGCCCAAGCUCACAAAUGAGACAUUGAACCCUCUUGAGCAAAAGAAAGGUGUGGCGGAUGAAGAGCUGGCUAAAUUAGAAGCCCAGCGCGCCCGCGAGCGCGAGCGAGAACAGAGAGACGAUGGGCUGAUGGAGUCAGCCGUAAAACGUCAUGGAUCAGUGUCUUCUCAUUCAGUUUCUACCAUCUCCACUGGCGCUUCGCGGUCACCAUCACCUGGUAAAGACAGGGCCAGAUCCCCUGCCCAGCCGCCACGAAGUCGAAGCCCCUAUUCAGACGAUUCACAGCGUGGCAGGCGAGAUGAUAGUCGCAGUCGCAGUCGCAGCCACAGUCCUAGCCUGGAUUGUAGCCGAAGCCCUCGUGUGGAAGCUCGACACAGGCGUUCCGAUUCUGGUCGCAGUCCAUCUCCUGGAAAUUUUGACCGUCGCGACCAGUACAGGUCCCGGGACUCUUUACCUUCUGUCAAGGAGACCUUCGUCGUCGACGUUCUGAGAGCCCAAGGUCGCCCCCACCGAGAGGCAAACGUGAUGAGAGGCCAGGUCGAUACAGGACUAGGCAUGACGGUGAGAGACUGCCACCUCGUGGAGAGUUUGAUGACAGAAACCAUGGAGAAGGAGGCUCGGGUCCUGGGAACCAAGCACGAGAACGAAGCUUGA